AUGAUUGAAACAGCUCAUUCAUAUCAUCAUCCCUAUAAACCUAAACAACGUUUCACGCAUUAUAUUAAAUCUCCUGAUAUACAAAAUGUAUGUAAUGAUAUUGAAACAACAUGUCGAAAUAUUACAAAUGAUCAACCAACACCAACAACAAUUAUACAUCAUCAUCAUUAUUUAUCACAAUCAACAUCAAAUCUCCUUGAAACAACACAUCAACAUAAUGGAAAAGAAGAUUUUCGACCACCAUCAUCAUCAUCAACAACAACAACAAAUAUAGUUGUACCAUCUACACAAUUACAUGAAUUAACUCGAUCAAAAUCAUCACCACCACCACCAUCAACUUCUAUUAAAACUGAACCAAAUCUUGAACAAAAACAAUUUUCAGAAAAUUCUAACAAUACAACAAUUUCAUUGAUAAAAACAAAUAGUGGAAAAAUUCAAGGUUCAAUAGCGGUUAAUGUCCCAUGUUUAGUAUGUGGUGAUGAAGCAAGUGGUUUUCAUUAUGGUGUUAAUUCAUGUGAAGGUUGCAAGGGCUUUUUUCGUCGAUGUAUAACACAAGGAAUGUCUCAUCGUUGUAAUAAUACGGGUAAUUGUGAAAUAACACCAUUUAGUCGAAAUUCAUGUCAAUAUUGUCGAUUAAAAAAAUGUUUUGAUGUUGGAAUGAGUCGUGAAGCGUCACGAUUAGGUCGACGACCAAAACGACCACGUUCUGAUACGAAAAAUAUUAUAAUUAAAGAUGAUCAAGAACAAUCAACACAAGUAUCAGCAUUUGUUCGUUUACAAGAAUUUCAACAAAAACAAAAACAAAAAAUAAAUGUAAAUGAAAAAUUUCUUAAACAACAAACACCACCAAAUGAACGUGAUAAACAAUUAUCACCAACAAUUCGUAUUGAUUCUGUUAGUUCAACAACAUCAAUUAUUAUAUCAUCACCAUAUCAUGCACCAUCAGUUACUAUUGAAACACCUAAUUCUUCAACAUCAUUAUCAUUAUUUCCUGAAUGUCUUUUUCAACAUCGUCAACCAUUAUCAUCAACAUUAACAUCGGAGAUUCAUCGAGAAAUUGUACGAAAAAUAUCAUCAAUGUUACUUUAUCAAGAAAAAUUAUUAUCUGAUAUUGAAGCAAAAGAAAUGGAUCAUAUAGCACAAGUUAUUAUUGGUGCACAUUUACAAUUUUGUGUAUGUACAUUUGAAAAAAUACAAACUAAAAUUGAAGAAAAUCCACCAAUAUGGGCAGAUUCUGUGAGUGAUGAUCUUAAUUGUGAUCCAGCAUUAGUAUGGGCUAAUUGGCAAUUAAGUUUUCCAUUUGAAAGUAUUUUAAGAACAUUUAAAUAUUAUACAUUUUUUCAACAGAUUUCACAAGAUGAUCAAAUAUGUUUAUUUCGACAUGCAUUUGAAACUAUUCUUGUUAGUUGGUUUACAUUAUUUGAUGCUGAACAAAAAUUAAUGCUUACACCAGAUUUUUCAGCUUAUAUGGAUAGAGAUUUUAUAAAAACAAUAAAAACUUUAGGUGUUAUUAUGUUAGAAAUAUUUGAUUUGGGAAUGAAAGCAAGUCACCUUCGAUGGACUGAUAGUGACAUUGCAUUAUUUAAUGCACUUUUAUUAAUGAAUCCAGAACGACCAGAUCUAUGCGAUAAACAAACUGUUGGUCAAAUCGAAGCAAAAUUAAUGCAAGUUUUAUAUAGACAUUUACGAUGUCAUCAUCCAAAUGAACCAAAUAUGUUUCUUGAUAUUCUUCAAUUAAUACCAUCAAUUCAAGAAGUAAAUCAAAUUCAUUUGAAUGCUGUACAAUAUAUUAAACGACAUGAACCUCAAAUUUUUAAUUCUUUACCUGAUGUUCAUCGUGAAACUUACGAAGGUCUCUCGCCAUAA